AUGGCCACUUGCAUCGGAUACUCAUAUAUCCUACCGAAGGAUGAGAUCCUCAACCUUGACUACCUCGAUGAUGCUUUGGAAAUACUUUAUGGAGAAGGCAAAGCAACAUGGCGUGUGGCUGGCGAUUCAGUCAUAUUCAUAUCUAAAACCAAGGACUUGGGCGGCUUGUGGGAAAGGCUUAGAGAUCUGGCACUGACGCGCACGUAUCCUGAGUGGUGGCUACGCACUACUCUUGAGCCGUCUGAGCCUGCUGCAGGGUACAAAAACCUCUGGUUGAUCAGCCACGAAUACUUUUACAGCCCCAUUCAUACCAACUUUUACACCCGAAUUGUCAUAAUGUCUGCACCUGAAGAGCCGGGGAUUGUGCAGGUCGUUGGAGAGCCAAAGCACUUCAAGCUCGAAACGCUAAAUCAUGAUCUUGAGAUGAUCCAUGGAAAAGGCACUGUGAGUUGGAAAUUAAUUCAGGCUCAUAAAGUUGAACUCGUCUCAAUUACGAUUGAAACGGAAGACGUUGCUGCGUUGGUAGAACACUUCGAUGGUCUUGGCGUGGAAGUCGAAUGGACGCCAAAGCGGCAGUAG